AUGCACUAUUCUAAAGCAGAACCUAAGUCUGAUGCACCAAUUUCAUCGCAUCUUUAGUUUUAAUUUUUUAAAUUAAUUUUUAUAAUUAAAAAUAUAAGAAUCCAAAAUAAAUAAACUGUUUUUAUCAAGUGUAAGUGUUAAUAAGAAAAAAAUGAAGAAAAAAUAUAAAAUAAUAAAAAUUAAAAAUUGAUAUAAAAAUGGAGUUAAAAUAGCUAAAAAAUUUUUGUUUAAAUACAAAUCAACGAAUAAAGAAAGAAGAUAAUUUUUAUUAGAAAAAUUAUGUUUUUUAAAUAAAUUGAAAGUUAAAUAUAUAAAAAAUAUUAAUAAUAUUUAUAAAUUAAAUAUACUAAAGAUUAAGAUGAAGAACCUAAUGAGUUUAAAGUGAAGAUUUUAAAAACUUUUUUUAUUAAUUUAUAUAAAUUUAAAGGAUAUUAAUAAAAAAAUUAGUAAUUACUUCUUCUAAUUUGUAAUAUCUUUUAAUCUAUUAUAUCAUUUAUUUUAUUUUUCUAAAAUAUUGAAGAGCAAUUUAUCGAAUUUAAUUAAUUAAUUAUAAAUGGAUAAAAUUAAUAAUUAUCAAAUAUUAAUUUAUUAAUUUGGUUUUAUGAAGAGAUAUCACUAAAAAAUUAAUUUAACAUUUAUAAUUUAAUAUUAAAAUGUGUAUUUAAAUCAUCUACUUAAAAAUAUAUAUAGUAGCAAUUAGAGAUGGGAAGUUAGUUAUUCAUAUUUGAAAAAAUUAAUGUUCUUAUAUUUUAUAUUAAGCUUUUAUUAAAAAUUUGCAAAAUUUACUUUUGA